GUAUCCGAUUUGCAAUCUGCUUUGUGUUUUUGGUUACAAAGAAUGGCAGAAGAUUAUUGCAUUUGAUAAGUCGAAGUAUAAUUUUAAAUACUCCUUUCCCAAUACGGCGUUUUAUCAAUAGAGAAUCUUAUCGACUUCCACUUUCUAUAGUACGUCAACUUUUAAAAGUGACAACUAGUCCAAUAGGAGAUGAAACUAGUUGGAUUCUUGAAAUAAACAAACAAAACUCCUGGAAGGGGAAAUGGAUUGCAUCUCAAUUAAAAAAUAUUCAAAAUGCAGAGGAUACAGCAUCUGAUCAAGAUUUGAUCAUUCUUUAUUGGUACAACUAAAAGUAAUUCUUUGUUUUUUUCUUUUCUUAAUAGUUUAAAUAUAUUUCCAGGUGGUGGAUUUGUACAAGGACAUGCAACAAUGUACAUGGAGGCAUUUCAAUUCAUUAUUAAUCAACUUCAACAAAUUUAUAAAUUACAGGCACGCAUUUUAUCUGUAGAAUAUAGUUUAAGCCCUGAACACGUAUGGCCGAAAGCUAGUGAAGAAUGUAUACAAGCAUACCGCUAUUUAAUUCAUGACUUGAGUGUGAGCCCUUGUAGAGUUAUUAUAGCCGGGGAUAGCGCAGGAGGUAAUUUAGCAGCCACUUUGUUGUUGCGUUUAAAGAAAGAAAGACAGGAACGUAAAGAGGAGCUUAUGAAUGACAUGUUCAAAAGGGCUCCCUUACCUUUACCAGGAGGUGCUGCUUUAUUUUCACCAUGGAUUGAUUUAUCAGGAUUUUCAUUAGUUGAUAAUAAAAAGGACAUUAUUGGCAAUCAUCAACUAGAGAUGUUUGCUUCAUGUUAUUUACCGUCGUCAUCAGUCAACAAUAAAGAUCCAUUGAUAUCUCCAAUUUAUGGUAAUUUUGAUGAUAUUGAUUGCCCUUUAUUCAUAGCUUAUGGCAGCGAAGAGUUAUUAAGACCAAGCAUAGAAGAGUGGAUAUCUAAUAAGCUAAAAAGGGAUAAUGUUACUGUCAUUCAGGGUCAAGAAGCAACUCAUAUUUGGUUAAUGAGCCGUUUAGCAGCGAAAACAACAAAAUCAUUUGAAAGAGAUAACAGACAGUUCAUUCAAUGGUUAUCUACUAUUUAUUCUUGCUAAUGAACUAUAUUACUACAAAACGAAUCAAUGCUAAAUCAGCUUUUAUUAUUAUUAUUAUUAUAAUAAAAGUCCAACUAUCAUUUAUUAAACGUCCAUUGUGCUGCGCUAUCGUGGAAGUGAAUA